UCAGCGAGCUACGUGUAUCACGCCGCUGGGUGAAGGGUCAGGGGGAAGGAAGAUGGCGGCCGGUGGACGGUUGGCGACGUAAAUGUAGGUUAGCGUUUAUCUCCGUAACCACUAGCCACUGGACUGGAAUGCGGUCGUGCAACAGGUUUUGACAACUAUCCGUAGAGAUUGUAUUCAGCAGGAGGACGGACAGUAAUGGCGCUGCUGUACGGCUUGUUGUGGCGGCUCCUGCUCGUUCUCGUCCACCUCCAUAGGACGCUCGUCUCCUGGCUCCGACUCCGACUCCGGAGCUGGAAGGGCCGGCUGUGGGAGCGGGCGGUGGCCGCUCUGCUCCUCCCGGUGGCCCUGCUGGGUUUCCCGGAUCACCAGAAGAAGUUAAACCAAAACCGUGAUAGUAAUCCCAGCCCGGUCACUGGGAAUCGCGCCGCCAGCCGCCGGUCUCAGUGGCUCUCUGACGGCCAGGCUCUGGAGAAGCUGCCGGUGCACAUCGGCCUUCUGGUGGCCGAAGAAGAGCCUAGCUACACGGACAUAGCCAACCUUGUGGUCUGGUGUAUGGCUGUCGGUAUAUCGUAUGUCAGCGUCUAUGAUAAUUAUGGUAUUAUUCGAAAGAACAACUCACGUCUCCUGGAGGAGAUUGUGAGGCAGCAGCAGGACCUGCUGGGUGUAGACGGAUCAAAAUACAACGUGGAGUUCCUCAGCAACGGGAAUGAUAAGCAUCAGCACCACGUGCUGUCCUGCAGGCCAGUGGUGAAGGUUUUAUCUCCAGAGGAUGGGAAGCAGAGCAUCGUCCAGGCAGCCCAGCAGCUUUGUCGCUCAGUGGAAAACAAAGAAAGAACCUUCAAAGACAUCAGUGUCUCCAUGCUAGACACACUGCUCAGAGAGUCAAAGAAUAUUCCAGAUCCAGAGCUGGUGGUGAAGUUCGGUCCUAUCGACAGCACACUGGGCUUCCUCCCCUGGCACAUCCGUCUCACUGAGUUCAUCUCGCUGCCUUCCCACAUAGAUGUUUCCUAUGAGGACAUGUUGGGCGCUCUACAGCAAUACGCCUCCUGUCAGCAGCGGCUAGGGAAGUGAUUGGCAGGCCCAUGGUAGGCCCCGCUCUUCAGACAGUAAGAAGCGUGGGGUACACAGGAUUGGAUGAGAGGUUAGUGAGUGGCAAUGCCUCCCUGCCUCUCUGCAUCCCUCACUCCUCCUCUCCCCAACCCUGUCCAUCUCCUGGAUCUCCAAAAGACUCGGUGUACAGCUCAAAGACGAUAAAACCAGGAGAAAAUAUCCAGCCAGCUCACCUCCUACCACCGACCUCUGUCUUCUGGUCAAACUCUCACUGCUUCUCUGCUCUACUCAGACCAUAGAGAUGUUGCCUGGACCUCUGUGAGGACUUCAGGAACGUGUAGUCCCAGCCAAGUGAAACAUUAAGUGGCACAUGAAAGAAAUGUCCUGACACCAGAGGACUGUCUGCACAGACUCAACAAAAAACAUGUUCUCUCAUCCCCAGAUAAACAAAGGUGUUUAGCCUCAACCAGUAAACUGCUCUUUACUGGUUUAGGCUUGGACAGUAACACACCUUCACCCAUCAGACAACAUGGAGGAAAUGUUAAACUUUCUUAAUGCCUGCUGCAUGACCUUGUGAGGUCAUUUGGGAAACAUGGGUCUCUUAUCACCAGGUAACAUCAGCUGCAUUUUAGGAAAGAAGUCCAUGACCCAUGAUGUAUCAGCCAAACAAGAGAGAAAGCCGAGCAGAGGGGUAGAGGUGUUAAAGCGGUAUAGAGAUGUGAUAGAUUCAGGUUGCCCUUUCUCUGUCCCUGUGGCCUCCAGCUGGAUGCUACGUCUAGCCUAGACAUGUGGAUUAUUUCUAUAACAUUGCAUCAGACAGAGAAAGAGGUGGAUUUCAGGUUGGUGUCGGCUUAGCCAGAAUGCGAGCAGACAGAUGAUACAUCUAGAGAACUACAUUACAUGUGUGAGAGUUUGCAUACAAGUCUUGGUCAAGUCCUACAGGAGAAAUCCACCUUAAAACAUGAUUUUUAAAAGGUACCUGUGAUAUAGCUUGCAUCUCUGGAUUCCGUUAUCGGUUGGUGAUGUAUUUUUCUUUUUUGUUUUCCUAAGUGACCCAAUGCAGGUAAAGUGGAGUUUGAUAACAGAUAAUGUUUCAGCUAUCUAAAAAAAAUCAAUAAUAAAUAUUUUUGUGUCAGUCCUGCAGAAUCCAAGCGCAAGAGCUGCUUUCAUCAACUGCCAUUUUUGCAUUGAUGUUCAAUAUAAUACAAGGUGAAAUCCAACAAAGAAGAAGCAUAGAUACCAAAUUAACCACCCGCACCUGCUGAAAAUAAACCAGUACGCAACACAGCCACAAGAUGUGCACGACAUUGCCGUGGUCAUAAACUCUCCCCAGUGUUCACCAGCUAGUUACCUAGCUAGCUAUAGAGUGUGUUUCAAAAUAAUUGUUUUUAUAUACAUUGAGAUUGACUGUAUUAAUAAACAUUUUCCUUUUAUCAGAUCAACUUUAGGUCAUGGCUGGAAAUUUUAUAACUGAGUGUCUAAAGUAAAUAAUUACAAAAAUCAUACAGCUUUAUUUUCAUGAACUGCAUCAUUUGUGUAUAUGUACUUUUAAAACACUGUAUAUGUAUAUAUGCACAAAUUAGCACCAUAAACCGAAAGUAACAAGUUCAUUUUUUUUUUUUUUUUUUUUUUUUUUUUGCUGGAUUGUUGAAAGGUAUUUUUUGGAAACAUAGGAGAUCACCAGAUUAAGUUUGCAAGGCAAUUUGCAGUGAAGUGAUUACACCAGAAACACAAGUUACUGCUCUUAAUCACAAAAUAACUCAUGCAGUAUAUUGAACAUCACACACUGACAAGAUCUGCCAGUGAAGCAGGAUCUGAGAGGCUUUUACUGAGCGUGGUGAUUUUGUCCUUGAAUGUAGACAGAGUUGUGGGUGUCUGGGAGGAGAGUCUGUGUCUGACUUUGUGUGUGUGUGUGUGUGUGUAUGUGUGCGUGUGCGUGCGUGCAUGUAUUCGUUCGUGUUGAAAUCUUUAUGGCUGCCUGAGUAAGACGGCCAUGACUGCCUUUGGAAAUAUUUGCUCCGUCCGUAUCGCAGAGCAUCAGUGUGUUGAAGUGUGUUGUGUUUAUCUUUUGUGUGUGUUCCCUGUCCAUCCGCCAAGAUGUUUUCACAACCAUACAUAAGGAGCCAUGACACCAGACCGAAAUUCUAUUGGAGAAAAAAAAUGAAUGCAUCUGCUUGACCUGGAAUGUCUCGGUAUUGGAGAGUCCUCUCCAGACAUUCUCCCAUAUCCUAUAUGUAUACUGUCUAGAUCUAGUUGCAGAUGUCUGGAGUGUGAUUAUGGUAUAUUAAAAUGUGCUCUUUCCUAUUUCUACCCUCUCAUCUCUUCUUUAAGUUUCCACCAAUCAAAUCGCAUCGAAUCCCUAAUCCAGAUACACAACAGUUUACUGUCUACUGAUCAAUAACAGACAGUGCACAUCCUUAACAAAGUAUAGUGCAUUUCUCUCUCACAGUUAGGUCAUGAAUAUUAAUGUGUUUGUUGAUGAAUCCCAUAGUGUACUGUUGAACUGUCAUUAAAAAUAUGAGACAUUUGCUAAUAUUGCUA